UAAGAUUGUAUGAAUUAUUACACACAGCUUUUGAAUUAUACUACCGUAAUGUACAAGAUGUCUAAGCUAAGUUUUAUGCAGUUUGUAUUUCUGUUUAUUGGGAUCUUCGUGCUUGCCUUCAAGACACCAGGAGCACAGUCUAUAGGUGUGUGUUAUGGGAGAAACGGAAAUAAUUUACCGAAUGCACAAGCGACAAUAAAUUUGUUCAGGGCCAAUGGUAUCGGAAGAAUGAGGCUUUACGAUCCAGUUCAGCCAGUACUUCAAGCUCUCAGAGGAUCGAAUAUAGAGCUCAUUCUUGACGUACCAAACACGCAGCUUCGAUCCCUUCAAAAUCCUGCUGCAGCAAGAACUUGGGUUCGAGAUAAUGUUCAAAAUUACAUUCCAGGAGUUAGAUUUCGUUACAUUGCUGUUGGAAACGAAGUUGAUCCUAACAAUGGUGGUACUUCGCAGUAUGUUAAUCUUGUCCUUCCCGCGAUGAGAAAUAUACAUGAUGCAAUCGUGGCAGCAGGACUGCAGAAUCAAAUUAAGGUUUCCACCGCGACAUAUUCAGGUCUCACCAGUGGAUUUCCUCCGUCACAAGGUGCUUUUCGGGAUAAUGUAAAAGGGUUCAUUGAGCCGAUCAUUCGGUUUUUAGCCCAAAACAAUUUGCCACUGCUAGCAAACAUAUACCCUUAUUUCAGCUACCUAGGGACUCCACAGGGUGAUCUUCAGUAUGCUCUUUUUACAGCACCAAAUGUGGUCGUGACAGAUUCGGUUGGUAAUCGUCAGUACAGGAACCUAUUUGAUGCCUUGUUGGAUACUUUGUAUUCGGCUGUUGAGAGAUCAGGAGGUCCGAACAUCGAGAUCGUCGUUUCGGAGAGUGGAUGGCCUUCUUCAGGUGGUACUGAGGCAAGUGCACAAAAUGCAGGAACUUAUUACAGGAAUUUGAUCAAUCACGUUAGACAAAAUGGGACGCCAAAGAGACAGGGGAGACCUAUAGAAACUUACUUGUUUGCUAUGUAUGAUGAAAACCUCAAGGGAGGAGCAGAGACUGAGAAACAUUUUGGCCUUUUCAACCCCACAAAUCAGCAGCCAAAAUACCAACUUAGGUUCUGAGCUAUAAUUUUAAAAUUUUUUAUGUACUAAACAAUAAGGCCCAAAUGGCCAUUAUGGAGAAAAUAAAAAAACAAGAAAUGUAUCAUGUUUGGGAUCAGUUUGUUUGCAAGCUGCUCCAUAAGAGCAUCUUCAACAAUGAUAUAUGUAUGUUUUUAUCAUCAUAUAUGAGAAAAGAAUUUCCUAUAA